CUGUGGCUGUUGAUCACGCCGAGCAUGGAGGCUGGUGCGCGCCAGUCGACAGCGCAGCUCAGCGCGUCCACGGCAGACGCAAUCAUGUGCUGGGGCUGGAUCUCGGCUGUGGUCGCGGGGGUUCUUUCAGCUCAUGUUUUGCAGAGACUUUGUUUUCCGCACUUUUGGAAAGACUUCUCCUUUCUGUUCAGUUUGAGCCGAUACGGUCUUAAACUGGAGCUGUUCCGGCUGACUUGUAGAGUGCGCACAGUCCUGGACAGGUUCACGCAACAGGCGCAACGCAUCCCGGACAAGCCUUUUGUGAUCUACGAAGGGAGCGUCCACACCUACAAGGACGUCGAGCAGCGCAGCAACAGACUGGCAAAUGUUUUCCUGCACAAACUCGAUGUGAGCGCAGGCGACUGCGUUGCCUUGCUCAUGAACAACGAGCCCGACUUCCUCUGCGUUUGGUUCGGCCUGGCGAAGCUCGGCUGCCCUGUCGCUUUUCUCAAUACGAACAUUAAAUCCAGGGCGCUGCUGCACUGCUUCAGCUGCUGCGGAGCCAAAGCUGUGGUAGUGGGCGCAGAUUUAGUAGAGUGUCUUCGUGGCAUCUUAAGCAAGCUACUGGAGGACAACAUUCAGGUGUUGGCAAUGACGAGCCAUUGUGGGGACACAAAGGUGGAAUCUCUGCUGGAUCACAUCGAUGCCGCCUCUGACAAACCUUUACCGGCAAUUUUGCGUGCGGCCACCUCUCUCAAAUCCCCUACCCUCUACAUCUUCACCUCUGGAACCACUGGGCUUCCUAAGGCAGCAGUGAUCACUCACCUCCAAAGCUUGAAGGGAGCAGGAGGAUUCUGGGCAUUUGGGGUGACUGAAAAUGACGUGAUCUAUAUCCCUUUGCCGCUUUACCACAGUGCAGCGUCACUGAUCGGUAUAGGGGGAACCAUUGAGCUUGGUGCCACAUGUCUUCUAAAGAAGAAGUUCUCAGCCUCACAAUUCUGGAGUGACUGUCGAGAACAUAAAGUGACAGUUUUCCAGUACAUUGGUGAACUGUGCAGAUACCUCUGCAACCAGCCAAAGACAGAGAUGGACAAGGUUCACGUAGUGCGGAUGGGAGUCGGGAACGGGCUGCGUCAGGAUAUCUGGCAGGAGUUCCAGCAACGCUAUGGAAACAUAAAAAUGUGUGAGGUAUACGGCUCCACUGAGGGAAACCUGUGUUUCAUGAAUCACAUUGGCAAGAUUGGCACAGUGGGGCGUUCCAACUUCUUCUACAGGCUCAUGUUCAAGUAUGAUCUGGUAAAGUAUGACAUGAUGGAAGACAAGCCAAUGAAAGAUCGGUAUGGUUUCUGUCAGCGAGUGAAAAAGGGCGAGACGGGGCUUUUACUAUCGAAAGUAAGCGCCCUGACCCCUUUCUUUGGGUACGCUGGAAGCAAGCAGCUGACUGAAAAGAAGCUGAUAAGGAAUGUGUUUGUCAAGGGAGAUACCUACUUUAACACUGGUGACCUGAUGGCUGAAGACCACGAAGGCUUCAUCUCUUUCAAAGACAGAGUGGGAGACACAUUCAGAUGGAAAGGUGAAAAUGUAGCAACAACAGAGGUGGCAGAAACCCUUGGGUCAGUUGAUUUUAUCCAAGAAGUCAAUGUGUAUGGAGUGGAAAUACCAGGGCAUGAGGGAAGAGCUGCAAUGGCUUCCAUUAUCUUAAGACCAGGGUUCAUGUUUGAUGGGAACAAAUUCUUUGAACACGUGGUGAUGGAGCUACCCACGUAUGCUCGACCUCUCUUCAUAAGGCUUCAGGUAGUAAUGGAAAUGACCAGCACCUUUAAACAGCAGAAGUUCCAGCUGGUCCAGAGUGGAUUUAAUCCCUCAACAAUAUCAGAUCCUCUUUAUGUGUUGGAUUAUCACCAGAACACCUAUAUCCCUUUAACAAAAAAUGUCUACCAGAGUAUCCUCUGUGGAGAACGCAAACUAUAGGACUGUGAAUACGAGCGAGCGUAAAGGUAGCGAUCCAAGCACAGUAUGAUUUUAUGAUUGAGCCUUGCUUCUUGCAGUUGUUCAUAUUUCAAGAUCGAUAGAAAUUCCAAGAUACAGGAGCCUAUAUUACAGAAAGAAUUAAAAAAAAAAAAAAAAAGUUUACAAGUCAGAAAAUAAAAAUGCUAAAAGUUGUUAAACAUUGAUAUUAAAGUACAGAGAAAUGUUUUAUUAAAGUGUAGGUAGUAUUUAAGUUGCAAACAUUUUUAAAAAUCAAUCAGUACAAAUUCAGAGUCACACCUGGUUUACAUUGAGCUUAAUAUGAAUUAAUCCGGUUAGAAGCCCAAACCGAAUAAAUGCUCUGUAUAAACACCUCAAUCAUAAUAAACAGGCCGAAACCAAAUGGAGUUUAAUUUGGUUUCACAGGAUAGAAUAUUCCUUUCCCCAAACCAAUCAAAGUAUUUUUUCGUCAUGGAAACAGUCAAUCUGAAUGUUGUCAGGUUGUGUUCUGUCUGCGCAUGCUCUGUCUUGAACAGUGAUGUCGUCGUUUACCCACUCAGCGCACGCCUCAGAAUGCUUGUGCACGCCGGAGCCUGGAGGAGGCCUUGGGAAAAAAAAUUGGAAAAGAAACACAAUCCAGGAAGGAAUCGGCACGUCUCGCUCCCCUGGCCAUCUCGGGCCGGCCGCGAAUGCGCUGACUGCCUGCUUUAAUUGGCCCGAAGGAGGACUUAGGAAAAAAUAAAAGUUAAGGGGGGAAAAAAAUCCAGGAAGGGACUGGUGUGUCGCGCUUGCCUGGCCACCUUAGAGUGCACCUCCAUUGGCCGUGAGUGCUCCGACGACCUGAUGUUUACAUAAUUCUGCUCAUGUCACACGUCUGUAAAAUGUCAAUUCUGAUUAAAUACACAUGUAAACACCAGAUUGGAAUAGAUCACGUUAGGGGUGCGCUAUAAACGGUAUACUCGAUAGACGGUACAAAUUUGGCCAAAGGUAGAGAUUUGGACUUUAUCCACCAAUCGUUAUAAUGACGUCAUGGCAUCUGUCUCAGUAUAAAAAUGGCUCAAGCACGUCUGAUCACUUAGCUCCAAGCACUGUUUUUUUUUUGGUUUUUUUCAAAGCUGUGACCCCUAUGAUGAAAACUAUUAAUGGAUCUAGGUUUCCCUUGCCCGGUAACGUGGGUCCCCCUUCCCAUGGGCUCACCACCAGUGGGAGGGCCAUAGGGGUAGGGUGCAGUGCGAGCUGGGCGGUGGCCGAAGGCAGGGACCUUGGCGAUCCGAUCCCCGGCUUUGAGGGGGUGCUGGUGAGCGCUCCAGCUGGGAACUCCAUCGUUCUGCUGAGGGACUUCAAUACUCACGUGGGCAAUGACAGUGAGACCUGGAAUGGCGUGAUUGGGAGCAACGGCCCCCCCAAUCAGAACCCGAGCAGUGUUCUGUUAUUGGACUUCUGUGCUCACCAUGGAUUGUCCAUAACGAACACUAUGUUCAAGCAUAAGGGUGUCCACACGUGCAUUUGGCACCAGGACACCCUUGGUCGCAGUUUGGUGAUUGAGUUUGUGGUCGCGUCAUCGGACUUGCGGCCGCAUGUCUUGGACAUUCGGGUGAAGAGAGGGGCGGAGCUGUCAACUGAUCACCACCAGGUGGCGAGUUGGCUCCAAUGGUGGGGGAAGAUGCCGGUCCGACGUGGCAGACCCAAACGUAUUGUGAGGGUGUGCUGGGAACGUCUGGCAGAAUCCCCUGUCAGAAGGAGUUUCAACUCCCACCUCUGACAGAACUUUGCUCAUGUUCCGGGGGUGGCGGGUGACAUCGAGUCCGAGUGGACCAUGUUUUGCGCCUCCAUUGCUGCGGCGGACGACCGGAGCUGUGGCCGUAAGGUGGUCGGUGCCUGUCAUGGCGGCAAUCCCCGAACCCCUUGGUGGACACCAAUGGUGAGGGAUGCCGUCAAGCUGAAGAAGGAGUCCUAUCGGGCCUAUUUGGCCUGUGGGACUCCUGAGGCACCUGGUACCGGCUGGCCAAACGGAAUGCAGCUUUGCUGGUCGCUGAAGCAACAACUCAGGCAUGGGAGGAGUUCGUUGAGGCCAUGGAGAAAGAGUUCCAGACGGCUUCGAAGAAAUCCACCAUCCGACGUCUCAGGAGGGGGAAGCAGUGCACCAUCAACACUGUGUUUAGUGGGGAUGGGGCACUGCUGACCUCAACUCGGAACGUUCUGAAUCGGUGGGGAGAAUACUUCGAAGACCUCCUCAAUUCCACCGACACGGCUUCCCAUGAGGAAGCAGAGUCUGGCCCCGGGGUGGAUGAGAUUCGCCCACAGUUCCUAAAGGCUCUGGAUGUUGUAGGGCUGUCCUGGUUAACACGCCUCUGCAACAUCACGUGAACAUCAGGGACAGUGGCUCUGGAUUGGCAGACUGGGGUGGUGUUCCCCCUUUUUAAGAAGGGGGACCGGAGGGUGUGUUCCAACUACAGGGGGAUCACACUCCUCAGUCUACCUGGUAAGGACUAUUCAGGGGUGCUGGAGAGGAGGGCCCGUCGGGAAGUCGAAACUCAGAUUCAGUAGGAGCAGUGUGGUUUUCGUCCUGGCCGUAGAACAGUGGACCAGCUCUACACCCGCAGCAGGGUCCUCGAGGGUGCAUGGGAGUUCGCCCAACCAGUCUACAUGUGUUUUGUGGACUACGAGAAGGCGUUCGACCGUGUCCCUUGGGGGAUCCUGUGGGGGGUGCUUCGGGAGUAUGGGGUACCGAACCCCCUGACAUGGGCUGUUCGGUCCCUGUACGACCGGAAUCAGAGUUUGGUCCGCAUAUCCGGCAGUAAGUCGGACUCGUUUCCGGUGAGGGUUGGACUCCGCCAAGGCUGCCCUUUGUCACUGAUUCUGUUCAGAACUUUUAUGGACAGAAUAUCAAGGCGCAGCCGAGGCGUAGAGGGGGCCCUGUUUGGUGGCCUCAGUAUUGCAUCUCUGCUUUUUGCAGAUGAUGUGGUUCUGUUGGCUUCAUCAAGCCGUGAUCUCCAACUCUCACUGGAGUGUGAAGCGGCUGGGAUGAGAAUCAGCACCUCCAAAUCUGAGACCAUGGUCCUCAGUCGGAAAAGGGUGGCAUGUCCUCUGUAGGUCGGGGAUGAGAUCCUGCCCCAUGUGGAGGAGUUCAAGUAUCUUGGGGUCUUGUUCACGAGUGAGGGAAGAAUGGAACGGGAGAUCGACAGGCGGAUCGGUGCAGCGUCUGCAGUGGUGCGGACUUUGUAUCGAUCCAUUGUGGUAAAGAAGGAGCUAAGCCCUCGAUUUAGCAGUCGAUCUACGUUCCUACCCUCACCUAUGGUCACGAGGUGUGGGUCGUGACCGAAAGAACAAGAUCCCGGAUACAAGCGGCCGAAAUGAGUUUCCUCCGCAGGGUGACCGGGCUGUCCCUUAGAGAUAGGGUGAGAACCUCUGUCAUUUGGGAGGGGCUCCUCCACAUCGAGGAGCCAGAUGAGGUGACUGGGGCAUCUGAUUCGGAUGCCUCCCGGACGCCUCCCUGGUGAGGUGUUUAGGGCACGUCCCACCGGGAAGAGACCCCGGGGACGACACAGGACAUGCUGGAGAGACUACGUCCUUCGGCUGGCCUGGGAACGCCUCGGGAUCCCCUGGAAGAGCUGGAUGAAGUGGCUAGGGAGAGGGAAGUCUGGGCCUUGCUGCUAAAGCUACUGCCCCCGCGACCCUACCUCGGAUAAGCGGGAGAAAAUUGACGGAUGGAUGGAUGGAUGGAUUAAACAGCUCCAAGCUGGUUAAGAAAAGAAUGGAAUGUGGGACUGGAAAAGUCUGCUGAGGGUCUGGGAGUUUGCCCUAAGCCUCACCUCCAUGGCAGAUAACAAGCAACACUUCUGAAAAAUAUUGCUCUCACUAAAGUUGGAUUAGGAGUAAUUACCGUCAAAGCCAUGCUAUCCUCUAAACUAUCGAGUAAUCGCAAAAAAACUAACUCGGUGCUUGACAGAAUUGUGGCUAUAACCCCAUCACAGUGGAGAGUAACUAACUAUGGACUAGGUAGCAAAGCGCACAUGUUCGAAAUCAGGAAAUGGAUCAGUAAGUUACAGCACACGUCAGCUCGGAGGAUGACCCUAUAAGGUCAAAUGUAUGUUAUCAAUAUGAUAUCAUAAAAUAUUAUUAUAUCAGCAAAGUUAAUUGUGUUUGUUUGCACUACACCCUGCUGAAUUUUAAUUUUGAGAUCUGCGCAAUGAAUUAAAAUUACAUAAAAAUGUGUUUGUUUUUGUUGUUGGUAUUUUUUUUCAAUUUAGCUUUGUAAAAUUAUUGUACAACCCAUUCAGAAAUACUCCCAUUAUCAUUUGUACACUUUUUAUAUCAGCAUAUACAGUGUUCCCUCGCCACUUCACGUUUUGCGGCUUCAAUGCUUCGUGGGUUUUUCCAAAAUAUUCAUAAAAAAAUAAAUAAAAAUACAGCCAUAGAGGGCAGAAGUUAUGCAUCUGUGGCACGCCAUUUUGGCGUGAAUGAAUCUACAGUGCGGUACAUCAAGAAAGAGGAAGCAAACAUCCGCAAAACUGCUUCAAUAACCUUCAAUGAGGAAGCGAAACGUGUGGUAACGCCGCGUAAUAAGAGAAUUGUGAAAAUGGAAGCUGCAUUAGCAUUGUGGAUUGCUGAUUGCAGGGAAAAGAUGAAAAAUAUUAUCAGGACAAAGGCCAAAGCUCUCUACAACCAAAUCUUGCCCGAUGACGACAAUGAAGAGGCUUAAGAAGGUGCUGAUGAAUGUUAAUUACUGUAUAAUAAAUGUUAAUUACUGUACAAGGUUUUAUAAUUAAAGAUUUAAGUAAAUA